GAUACGUCAUCAGAUGUUACGUUGCGUGUGUUCCACUAAUUUUGAUUGACAAUCAUUUGGCAUCGUCAAAAUUAAAGUAUGUUGUGUGUUUGGAGAUUUUUCGACUACUAAAAUGGCAGACGAUUUACAAAACUAUAAAUUACAACUUCAGCAGGUGGAAGCUGCUUUACUUACAGACCCUGAAAAUGAAGAGCUUCUGAAGUUGAAAAAGGAUUUGGAGGAGGUCAUCGAAUUAACCCGAGACCUCGUAAAAACUCAGCUAGAGGAGCAAAGUAAACCUGCAUAUAUUGAGCCUGCAAAUUCAAAAUCUUCAUAUGAUGAUAUAGAAUCAGCUUUGAUUCACGUUGAGAAACUUUUUUCGCCAAGCAAAGUAUGGAAAAUUGGUGAUAAAUGCCAAGCAAAGUGGACAGAAGAUGGGCAGUUUUAUGACGCCACCAUUGAAGAUAUUACGGAACAUGGUGAAGUUAGAAUUAUUUUUGAUGCUUAUCAAAAUCGAUCGACUACACUACUUAAUGAGCUUCGUGAGAGAAGUAGUCGUACAGAAGUUUUUCCGAGUAACAAGCGUCAUAGGCCUAAUCAGAAAGAGUAUCUUAAGAAACGAAAGCUUAAGAAACAACAACGCUUUAAAGAACUGGAAGAAGAACGAGAGCAAGAUAAAAACAAAUGGUUAAGUUUUACCACAAAGCAUUCAAAAAAGCAAGGAAUGCAGGUAAAAAGUAUUUUUGCAUCUCCUGAAAAUGUUGAAGGUCGUGUGGGAAUCGGUACGUGCGGUGUUGCUGGUAAAGGAAUGACGGACUACACAGUCGGUGAAAAACAUAGAAAAGGACUUUAAAUUAUUAAAUUAACUUCAAUUAUGAUUCUAAGGUGUUUUUUUUUUGUAAUAAAAUGUAUUUCAUACUUACUUUGACAUCA